AUGAGCUAUCUUACCAUAAUCCUCAAUUGCUAUGCAACAAUUAUGGCCUUAAUUAACGCAGAAAGGUUAUCCCAGAUUUUGCUAGAGAUUCCACAAACGACUGCAGACGAACCAAACGUCAGUGCAAUUCGAGGCGACAUCGUCACUAUCAUCAUGCGCCAUGUCAAAGUCAGAUUUUUGUCACUAUUAAGAGCCUACUGGUUCUUCUAUUUCAUCACCGGCUAUCUUAGCAUUUGGAUCCAACUCAUCUUGUAUAUUUGGGUGCUUCCAGGAAGUUUCCCACUGCAAAUCUUUGCGUCGACGUCGACAGGAGUUGCUUUACUGCCUAUGGGCCUCUUCUGGCUAGGGUGA